ACGUCUGUAAAUACCUUCCUACUCCAGAGAGAAGCGCAGAACCACUAGUAUUGUGUUAAGGAGUUAAUAUUCUCGCACUGUUUAAAUGAGCUCCUUUUUGUUUUAGGAACAUUAACAUGGAUUUAUAUUUAUAUAUAAUGUAUAUGUUUAUGUGUAUGGGGUGAAAAAACACACAAAAAGACGCCAUGGAGAAGCCAAUCGAGCCGGCCCAGUGCUCUCCGGAGAGUAUCUCUCAGUGCUCUGUCACCAUCUCUGACUUCUCUGACGAGAUUUUACUGCACAUCCUGAGCUACAUCCCCAGCUACGACCUGGUGCUGAGCGUGAGCCGCGUAUGUCGGAAACUUCAGAGUCUGUGUCAGGACAAGAGCCUGAUUUCUCACAUCCAGCUCCAUAAGGAGUACCGAGCGUCUGAUGAAGCAGUGAAGAGGCUGCUGAAGGAGCUGUCCGGUGAAGUCCAGACUCUGGAUGCCAGUGGCUGUUACUGGUUGUCUGGCAGUACGCUGGAUGUUGUAACCCGCUGCGUCGGACUGGUCCGGCUGGACGUGUCAGGCUGGCGCGUGACUCCAGCGCGUCUCUCACGUCUCCUGGGCUCGCUGCGGCAGCUUCGCUCGCUGGCGCUGGACAUCGGCACGGGAUUCGACUUGCAGCAGCUGAGCGAUGAGGGCAAAGCGGCCCUGGCGAGGCUCGGGGAGCUCAAACAGACGCUGCUGACGCCCUCGUAUGGCGUGGUGCCCUGCUGUGGCGCCCUACAGAGAUUAAGUCUGUACUUGGAAGUGGCUGAGGGUUGGCACGAGCCCUGUGCCCACCUCCAGCUGAUAGUGGGGCAAAGCAGCGUACCCCGCUACCAUAACCUGCACUGGUUCUCCGCACGCCUGGCACCUGGAGAGGUCAACCGCGCCUUGCUCAGCCUCUACCUGGCUGCUUUCAGCAUGCGCGUCCCUGAGGGCCUCACCGGGUUGGUUGUCGCCAUGCCCGGUCCUGCUCCGCCCACUCCCGCUUCCGCUGGUUUAUUGACUCAGGGCAUCAUAUCGGCCGGAGGUGCGAUCGGUGCCUUUCAGCUUCCUCAGACGUGGUUAGAUGGCGCCACGUUGAGGCGGGUUUUGGGAUACGGAUGUCCGGCCUACUUGAACGUGUCUCGGUGUGCGGUGCCGGGAUUCGAGCCGCUGUGCGUGUUGCUGGGGGCCGGGUGUGAACUGUCACCGCUGCGUAGUCUCAAUCUGCGUGGGAAAACCGAGGAGGAAGUGGACGCGGAGGACAUCAGGACUCUUACCGAAUCGUGCCCGCGACUCGCCCACUUCAACCUGUCCUCCACACACUACCAUCACACCGCUCCCGAAAAGCCCGACGGCCAUCUGUGUGUGGCUCUCGGAUAUCUCGGUCGUCUUCGGUCACUAGCACUGCCGGCUUGCGCGCUGUCACGGGGGCCGCCAGUUCAGUCAGACAAGCCGGACCUGGCUACAAAACUGUGCUCCGAGUCGCUCCUGCUCGGGCUGAAGAAGACGCGCCGUGUCGGCGUUCCGGCCUACCAGCCCAUGAUUGACAGCACGGGGGCUCUGAAGGAAGAACAGGAAGGUGAAGUGGAGUCCUUCCUGCGCCCGCUGAUAAAUGGCUGCCCGUAUCUGGUCGAGCUGGAGCUGAUCGGAACUGGGUUCUUGUCGGCCAUGCCGAGGUACGACCCAGCCAUGCGUAAGGAUCCCGCCGCCUGCCCCUGGUCCUUCCAGGUCGGAGAUGCCCAGCUGGCGGCUUUGGGAAAACUCCGCUUUUUGAGAAGGCUGACCCUGGCUCACCUGCCCGGGGUCCUAAAGGGUACCGGCCUCAUUCAGCUGGUCCUGGGGUGCAGGGACCUUCAGGCGUUAUCUCUGGCCAACCUGGGGUCCUUAAAGACUGUGAAUUACACUGCAGCUCUGCAGGAGGCUCUUAAACACUGCACACAGCUCAGGGAGUUCAGGUUGGAGCAGCCAUACUUCAGCGCAAAUGCCUCCUUCUUUGACGCGCUCGCUCACUGCCGCCUCCUCCAGCGCCUCUGCCUCGUCUCACGCCACGGAACGUUCCAGCACGUGGCCGCCGUCUCCUUCAUGCAGCACUGUGAGGACGUGGUGAUGUUCCACAUGUUCACCGGCGGCACGCUAGUGUCCUGCAAAACACUGCAGAAAACCCUGCUAGACGGACUCUCUGCAUGGCGUCCAGCCCUCAGUGUGGUGGUCUACCCACUUCUCCAUGAGGACCUGGGGAACAUCAUCAAGGACAUGCCACUCUGCCACCUGGACGAGAUCACACUCUUCAAAACCCGCGUGGCAGAGGAUCCCACUGCACUGUGAGGGGGGGAGAAAAAGAAAGAGAGAGGGAUUCGGGGAGGAGAGAGCUGGGGG